AUGCACAACGAUACGAAGAGCGACGCAGCAGAGAUAAGCUACCAGGCUGAAAGAAACGCAUUGGGCUUGCAACAACCUCGUGUCAUCUCGCUGCUUUUCGUCUACACACAAGACGAUCGUUUCCGAUGCAUGGUCAUGGAAUACGGAGGAGAACGUAGUCUGCAGCAGAUCAUCAAUGCCCACGUGACCAUUAGCUGCGAGCGAAGGCUCGUUUUCGCUAGGCAAGUUGCAUCGGCGCUCGAGUACAUACACGGCGAGCACAUUGCACAUCUCAACAUCAAACCGGCUAACACUGUCGUGUCGUCAGACGACACGUGCAAGCUGACCGAUUUCGGUUGUAGCCAAAAGUUGGGCGAAAAUCUCACCGCUACGCAGAACAAGACGCUGCAGGGUACCACAAUCUACAGAGCACCUGAGCUGCUGAUAACGCCGAAGGCCGACGUGUAUUCAUGCGGUAUGACGCUAUGGCAAAUGAAGAGCGGUCAGCAGCCAUACACGGGAGAGGAUCCGCACUCGGUAAUCUACAGGGUAGUACGAUUUCACAACAGACCGAUGCAAUGCAGUGAUUUCGCCGCCGAUUCUUCGGAGAUCUUUUACGAUGCACUCGUUGCCAGCUGUUGGAACAAAGAUCCGCACAGCCGCCUCUCAGCGAAGUGCCUCGUGCACAGUUUAUCAGACACGACGGACGUACACCAGUAGUCGCCCGAUGCGACAACGUCAUUCUGAACGCACUAUAGCGACGCCGACU